AUGACGGAGAAAACUGCGGCGUCAACGGGUCCAGGCCCCGAUCAACAAACCAGCAAUGGGACAGCAGAUAGAACAAAACCGGAUGUGACGGAGGAGGAGCAGACUGGGGCAGAUGCGAGUGCGAAAGACAACUCGCAGAAUACACCGUCCCUCAAGGCGGAUGGUGCCGCCGCGGGGGCUCACUCAAGUCCUAAGAAACGUCGCAAAGUCAAUCAUGCAUGCGUUUAUUGCCGACGAUCGCAUAUGACUUGCGACUCGGGAGCGACCCUGCACGCGAUGCAUAAAACGGAAUAUUGGCCACCUUUGCCACGAUGA